UCGUACUACGCGCAAUGUGCUCAGAGUAGACGAAGUCUGCGCACGAACGAGUGUAAAACGGAAUACAGUGAGGGCAACCGCAAGAGCUGUCGGCGGGAAAUUGUGACAUCUUCCAAGUGGUGCGGGUUUUUGUUCGUCUCUCUCCCGUUCUUCUUUUCUUCUGAGCCGAGGUAUCAAUAACAGAUGGUGAUAAGAUGGAGCGAGUUUUUAUGAGCCGACUUUGAAGAAGAUUUUGCACGUCGGGGGGUAAUGCACACCGUCGAAGGGGCACAGAAGGCGGCGUCUGUUGAACACGUACCGCGGUGAUUUGCUUCCAUCGUACUCACCGCCUGAUUACGCUCGUACCAUCGACCAGUUUGGCUUUAAAUAUCUCCCGCUUCCCCAUCACUGAUCAGUAUUUGUUUGGAAUCAUCUUUGACCUAGUUGUGAACACGUAUUUAUAGGAUGACCUGAUACUUUUUCUGGAGAGAUGUUAUUACUAAGUGUCUAAGAAGUUCUCUUCCGCGCGUCAGAACUUUAAGGAGAUUUAAACAGGUAUUUACAGACGCAGAUAAUUGCCACACUGUGAGCAGCGAUUUUAAAUGGAACUAACUUAACGAAUACUUCUCCCGGAGUGCGUCCUGCUAUAUAUCCACUGAGAUGUUCCCCCCUGAGGCUGUCAAAAAUAUGUCUUCCUCAGGUUGUAUAUAAUGUACGCGGUAUUGUUUGUCAAGGAGAGCGGGUGAGCGAGCUGUCUUUCCGGGAGAGCGGGUAAUGAGAAGACGUGCGGCUCGUGUGGAGUACGGGAUUUGAGGUAAAGUCACUGCGGAGAUAAUAAUAGUGUGUGGAAGAAGAACUAAAGGCUACGAUUCCAUAUGUCGCCGUACUGGACAACCCUGUGUCUGCUUCAGCUGCCAGACGUUAGGCACUACGGGUUGGGGAGAGAUGCGGGGUGCGUCUGGUGCUAGAUACGCCAUAGCCUUCAAGAUGGCCAUACUCAGCCUUGUGUGUCUUCCUCAAGUGCCUCUACGUGCUGCGGCUGGUUUAUCAUCAUCAUCAUCAUCAUCGUCAUCAUCAUCAUCAUCAACCACACCAGAGGCAGUCUCGAGGCUCACUACAGCCAACUUCAAGUUAUCAACAACACCUUCUUCAAUAGCCACCACAAACACUGAAAGUUCAGUUUUAUACAGAACAGAAAACACAAACUCAGAAACAUGGACACCUAGUGACAGUGUUGUUGGUCCCACCACCGCGACAGAAGGUGACGGUGGGUGGUUCGAGUCUCCCAACCCCACCCCCAGCCCAGGCCCACGCCCGGUCACGAUCACCGAGGUAGCGAAAACGACGGACAAUGGGGUUGCAGUUGUUGAGAAAGUGUGCGGUGUACCGGUAAACCAGUGCGACGAUAUUAUGGUUCGCAAGCAUGGAAUAUGUGGAUGUACUAAGAUAUUAAAGACAAAGAAAGUGAACAAGUCUGGCUUAAAAAAAAGAAGUGUCUUAAACAAGUACAGGAGGCCUCAAUUGAAUUGAAUGUUGAGCCUCGAGGGAUAACUUUCCGUAUGGCGCCACCACCUUUUCACUCAUUUUUACAA